AUGCAAUCAGAUUAACAAAGGUUGAAAUGAUCAUUCAGCUUUGGGUAAACAAAUGAUAUAUAUAUAACACUGUGGAUUUAGGGCGACUGCUUGUAUCGGAGAGAUGCGCUGCGGCUCGCGUAUUGGACCAAACCACAAAGAGUGGAGACAAUAACACAGUAAAGAGGUUUUUGGUAAACUUCUCGGGAUUAUAAUGUGCUUACUAUUGAUUGUCUGUACUCCUGGAGCUUCCGCGGUGCAUUAGGUCCUGCCUGCACGCAUGGACAAACUUAUUUCAGCUUCAUUUAGUUGACGGGCGAAGGCUGGCUUUGUGCACAGCUCGCUCGUGCCUGGGAUGCUGCGCUGGCUUCGUGCUAAUUGCAGUGCAGGUGUUGGCUCGGGGAGGACGACCAGCGCUCAACUGGAAGCUUUUAAAAUAAAAUAGGAAAAGAAAUACAAUUCCAGACACGUUUGCUGAAGCUGGCAGCCCCCUCAGCCGGUCCAUUAUUAGUUGGCUGUUUCGUGUUGUCGUUGUGGAAGCGGCGUUGCUGCAGGAGAGAUUUUUAAGGCUCGUCUCCCUCAAUCUGCUCCAAGAGGAGGCGAUGACGUGUGUGCUGCGCGGCGAAGGUUGAUCCUGCUGUAUCGGAGGUAAAAGCGUCUCGACAGCCACGUGGGAAAGUGGAUUAUUUUUCAAACAAUGAGCGCGCGUCUCUAGACAUGAUUUGUGGUUCGGUCCAGCUGGAGCUGUCUGAAUGAAGCUAUGGGCUGUGCCUCCGCCAAGCAUGUUUCUACUGUUCAAAACGAAGAGGAAACUCAGAAGGGGAAAAACUACCAGAACGGAGAUGUGUUUGGUGAUGAGUAUAGGAUCAAACCAGUGGAAGAGGUCAAAUACAUGAAAAAUGGGGGAGAAGAUGAUCAGAAAAUAGCAGCCAGGAACCAAGAAAACUUGGAAAAAAGUGCCAGUUCAAAUGCAAGACUUAAAUCUAAUAAAGAGAUCCCAGGAUUAGUACAUCAACCCAGAGCAAACAUGCACAUCUCUGAAAGCCAACAAGAAUUCUUCAGAAUGCUUGAUGAAAAAAUCGAAAAGGGUCGCGAUUACUGUUCAGAAGAGGAGGAUGUCACAUAGUGCCAAUUCUGCCACUCGCACCAGGAGUACUACUGUGUAAAUAGAUUACAACCCAGUCGAGACCUUUUGGAAGUCUUCUAGAGCGAACAGCACUACAUAACAGAAGAAGACCAUUUCCACAUUAUAUGCUCCAUUCAGUUACAGUGUUUCUUAAUGAACAGAUGAGGAAUAUUGCUAAGAACUCGUAAGGAACUGUUUUUGUUGCUGCUAGUUAAAACUUGUUGCAACUUCUCACUUUUUUCUGUGUCCAGAUACGCAGCAAAUCCUUAAAAGUUAAUCCGAAAGACGUUGUUGAUUUUAUUGAGGCUUCUGGCCUGUUUUCUAUCGGAUGAGGUAGUGUUAUACAAAGCUUCCAUAAGUGAACAUUCAAGCAUCUAAGAAACACCCUUAAGCUGUCUGUCAGUCCGCGUUCGGGCCGGAGUGCUUAUUCAUGCUGGUGAUUCCAAGCUUUGGAGAUGGGAUGUUUUUGCCAUGGCAGGCCUUGUUUCUCUGCUGAGAAGAAGCUGAGAAACUGUUAUCCAUUAAAAGCAUGUUAUCACUGAAAUACUGGAAGUGAUGCAAGAGCAGGAAUUUGUAUUUUAAGAGGAAAAAGAGUUUCAUUUAAUAGGUAUCUUAAUCGAGGACUAAGCUUGCAGUACUGGCUUUGCUGAGCACGAAUGGGAGUGUGAUCACAAUCAUUUUGAAUCUCUUUUUUUCUAAGAAAA